GGGUUGUUAGAUGACGUCACGUAAACAUGGCUGCACACAGUGGAGUUGUAGCACUGUUCGUGGGAAAUAUUCUCUCUGAAGGUUCUGUUUGAAGCCAUCAAUAUGCGCCGUGAUACAGAAAAAAAUAGAAAAUCCUCGUGACUUGAUACUGAAGUUUGCUGUACCAGCAGGGACAAAGUACAGCCAGCAGCAGAGACUAACCACGAGAUGUUAUCGUUUCUGAAGUGAGCAAUCGAGCUGACAGCGUCUAGACGUGUUGCCUACUUCCCUGUUUUUUUUUUUCUUCUUCUCUGGAGCUGAGGUCUUAACUUUAAAUUUGGAUUACUGGGACGUCUGGUAUUGGAAAGUCCUUCGGUUUUGGCUCUUUUUUCCCCCUCAACUUUUCUUUGUUUUGACGCAGCUGUGAGGAAGGAAUGAGGAAGUCUAUCCCCACUUAGAAAGGGAGAGGGACUCAGGUUGUAAAAUUAACCCUUGAUGAGUUUAAUUCCUGGUUUUCCCUUAUGUCCAGCAGCUACGAUGAGUACAGUUUUAAUCGUGUAAACAUCCUUAUGGGCAGCAGGGGACAGAAAGCAUCUGAAGAUGGACAGCAGAGUCUCACUGGAGCGCCAUCUGGACACCGUGCCACACCUGGGGAUCUCCUGGACCAGGAUGCCUCCUCCUCCUCCUCCACACCCGCGUUCAUGUACGUGUUGGCAUUUUUCUCUGCCCUGGGAGGGUUCCUCUUCGGGUAUGACACCGGGGUGGUCUCUGGGGCCAUGCUGCUCCUUAAGAAGGAGAUGAACCUGACCACUCUGUGGCAGGAGGUGCUUGUUUCCAGUACUGUCGGGGCUGCUGCCAUCGCUGCCCUGAGCGGGGGCUUCUUGAAUGGGUGGCUCGGACGAAGGAUCUGCAUCCUUUUGGCCAGUUUCAUCUUCAGCAUCGGUGGCGUCAUCCUGAGUAUUGCUCCUGAUAAAGAGGUGCUGCUUGUGGGCAGAAUCGUAGUUGGUUUGGGCAUAGGCAUCGCCUCCAUGACAGUUCCUGUAUACAUCGCUGAAGUUUCCCCCCCUCACCAGAGAGGUCAGCUUGUCACCAUCAACUCGCUCUUCAUCACUGGUGGUCAGUUUAUAGCCAGUGUGGUCGAUGGAGCGUUCAGCUACAUGAGACACGGCGGCUGGAGGUACAUGCUGGGUUUGUCAGUUGUCCCGGCUGUGCUGCAGUUUGUGGGCUUCUUGUUCUUGCCCGAAAGCCCCCGCUGGCUCCUCCAAAAGGGCCGGAGCCAAGAGGCCCGACAAGUUCUCAGUCGAAUCCGAGGAGACCAGGGCGUUGACGAGGAGUACGACCACAUCCAAGCCAGCAUCGAGGAGGAAGGGAAAGAGGCUGGCGGAGGAGGCCUUGUUAUUAUGAAGAUCCUCCGCCACGGUCCGACUCGCAGGGCCCUCGUAGUUGGCUGUGGCCUCCAGAUGUUCCAGCAGCUGUCCGGGAUAAACACCGUCAUGUACUACAGUGCAACCAUUCUGCAGAUGGGAGGGGUGCGGGAUGUGAAACAGGCGAUCUGGUUGGCUGCUGCAACUUCUGCGACUAACUUUGUGUUCACCAUGCUUGGAGUCUGGCUCGUGGAGAGAGUGGGCCGCAGGAAGCUGACCCUGGGCAGCCUUUUCGGUACUGGUCUGAGUCUGACUCUGUUGGCCAUCGGGUUCUUGCUUUCUGCUCAAAGUUCUCCCCCCGUCACCCUCCACCCAGCCGAUCCUCAAAACUCAACCUGCAGACUUUAUGGGUCCUGUGAGCUCUGCAUGCUGGAUCCAGACUGUGGAUUUUGUUUUCAAGAAAACGGCACCAGAGUGUUCGACUCCUCCUGCGUCCCUGUCAAUGAAGCGUCCAAAGAACACGCCGCCUGGGGAAGGUGUUCCAACCAGACAGAGGAGGCUGACAGUCCAAUCUGGGCCUACAACUACUGUCCAACAUCGUACUCCUGGAUCAUCCUGCUGGGCCUCAUUCUCUACCUUGCAUUCUUUGCUCCAGGUAUGGGUCCCAUGCCUUGGACGGUGAACUCGGAGAUCUUCCCGCUGUGGGCACGCAGCACGGGGAACGCCUGUUCAGCCGGGGUCAACUGGAUCUUCAACGUGCUGGUGUCUCUGACCUUUCUUCACAUCGCAGAGUUCCUCACAUAUUACGGGGCGUUCUUCUUGUACUCGGGCCUGGUGGUGUUGGCUCUCCUCUUCGUCUACGGCUGCCUCCCAGAGACGAAGGGCCUGCAGCUGGAGGACAUCGAGAACCUGUUCAUGGGUCCGCUCUGCACAUGUGGCGCCUCCUCACCCAACGACCGCCGCCAAGUCCACUACAUCCGGGUAAAAGGAAACAACUACCUCCCCUCUGACAAUGAGGCCUCUGAUGUAGACUAGACUGGGACCAGUUCUCUUCCUUCCUCUGUCCUUCUGGUUUGCCUUUGUGGUGAGGAAAAGGGAAUGGUGCUGCCCCCUGGUGGCUGUGGUCAAACAUGAACAAAAAAGAGACUUGAGCUUUACCGGGACUUUAACUGACACUUUCCCCCGUGCUAAGGCGGCCCAUCUGAGGUUUUUUAUGUCUCAUCUGGGGGUUUGGUGCUGUCUUUUGUAUUAUUUGGUGCACUUUCCUCUUUCCCAUCAUGCCCUCUGUCAUCACAGAAAGGGAACAUUUAAGCAAAACAUUCCAGGGUGGAAAACAUGGGUGAGCAGGGUUCAUUUAAAGGCUUUAUAUGCAAUUUUUCACACUUAAAUAUAAUAGAAAUCAAGUAUAUCCUCUGAAAAUAACUCUGA